GUUUUUCUGGUACAGAGACAGCUCAAAGUUCCCUUCUUUGGCGUCGCAUCAGUGAGCAAUACGCUUGUCUGCUUCUUGUUUUAAACCUAUCAAAAACAUUCCAUUCACAGGCUUCUUCUUCUUCUUCUUCUCCGAUGGCGGCUACUAGGGUUCGGUGUCAUGCACCUUUCACCAGAUUGCCGCACAUCCCCAACCGAAACUCGUCGACGCUACAGAUUUCUCCGAAUCGUGUCGAUUUCGCGUCACUGAAGGGUCCAAAGAAAUUAUUUUUACACAUUGGAGAUGGCUACUCCACAAGGAGGGAUUCAGGUUCAUGCCUCAGAACCACUGUACGAGCUGUUUUGGAUGAGAAGAAGACGGACGCGAUAGCGGAGACGGAGGUAGAGGAGAAGAGAUUCACGUGCGUGAUGAAGUUUGGCGGAUCUUCGGUGGCGACGGCGGAGAGAAUGAGGGAGGUGGCGGAUUUGAUUCUGACAUUCCCGGAAGAAUGUCCGGUCAUUGUUCUUUCUGCAAUGGGGAAAACUACCAACAAUCUCUUGCUUGCGGGAGAGAAGGCGGUGAGUUGUGGUGUUUCAAAUGCAUCUGAGAUUGAGGAGUUGAGCAUUAUUAAGGAAUUGCAUCUCAGGACAGUGAAAGAGCUUAAUAUCGAUUCCUCUGUUAUUUUGUCCUUUUUGGAAGAACUGGAGCAACUCCUGAAAGGCAUAGCCAUGAUGAAGGAGUUGACACUUCGAACCAGAGACUACUUAGUCUCUUUUGGAGAGUGCUUGUCUACAAGGAUUUUCGCGGCUUAUCUUAAUAAACUCGGUGUCAAGGCACGCCAAUACGAUGCAUUUGAAAUUGGUUUCAUUACAACGGAUGAUUUCACAAAUGGGGAUAUAUUAGAAGCAACUUAUCCAGCUGUUGCCAAGAGAUUAUAUGAUGAUUGGAUGCAUGAUCCUGCUGUUCCUAUUGUUACUGGUUUCCUUGGAAAGGGUUGGAAAACUGGUGCGGUUACUACCUUGGGUAGGGGUGGCAGUGAUUUGACGGCAACCACAAUUGGUAAAGCAUUGGGUUUGAAAGAGAUUCAGGUGUGGAAAGAUGUUGAUGGUGUUCUAACAUGUGACCCUACUAUUUAUAAAAGAGCUACACCAGUACCAUAUCUGACUUUCGAUGAAGCAGCCGAGCUAGCUUAUUUUGGUGCACAGGUAUUGCACCCACAGUCAAUGAGACCAGCAAGAGAGGGUGAGAUACCUGUUAGGGUUAAAAAUUCUUAUAACCCUAAAGCUCCUGGAACUAUUAUCACUAAAACAAGAGACAUGACCAAGACAGUUUUAACGAGCAUUGUUCUGAAACGCAAUGUGACCAUGCUGGAUAUAGCAAGCACCCGAAUGCUUGGUCAGGUUGGCUUUCUUGCAAAGCAAACCUCACUCUUUGCCCAGGUAUUUUCGAUAUUUGAGGAUCUUGAAAUAUCCGUAGAUGUUGUUGCCACUAGUGAAGUGAGUAUAUCUCUGACACUGGACCCUUCAAAACUUUGGAGCAGGGAACUGAUUCAACAGGAGCUUGAUCAUGUAGUUGAAGAACUGGAGAAAAUUGCUGUUGUGAAUCUUUCAAAAGGAAGAGCGAUAAUCUCUCUAAUUGGGAAUGUUCAACAUUCCUCCCUGAUUUUAGAGAGGGCGUUUCAUGUUCUUUGGACCAAAGGUAUCAAUGUCCAGAUGAUAUCACAAGGAGCAUCCAAGGUAAACAUCUCUCUUAUAGUAAACGAUGCUGAAGCUGAAGGAUGCGUUGAGGCUCUUCACAAAUCCUUCUUUGAGAGCGGUGACCUCUCGGAGUUAUUGAUACAACCCAGAUUUGGCAACGGGUCACCUGUCAGGACAAUGCAAGUAGAAAACUAACUUAACGAGCUCAUUGCUUGAUAUGCAUUUUUCAUUGUAUUGCUUCUGAGUUAUACGCACGUUCAUCAAGAACUACUUGUUGUUUUACGUUUAGGCAAGGGAAGUGCUUGCCACCUUUUCAGCUGUUGUAAGACCAAUUUCUUGGACCAUUUUGAGUGAUCAAAGUUUGACCAGUAAGAGAAAAA